AAAUGGCUGCCGAAAUGUCGUAGCAGUAGAGAUCAUACUCAGUGAAUGUGAAGUUUUGUAAUUUUGAGUGUAAUCAUCAAAAACCUUUAUGAAUACAUAGAAUAGAUAGAACUGUACUACCAUGAGCGGUCGAUAUCGUGAUUUUGAUAAAGGGUCGUCUCGAUCCACGCGCGAUGAUUCUAGGCCGUACAAGGAGAGGCGAGAUGGUCGAGAGAGGCGACGGUCGAGGUCGCGCUCACCCAGACGGUGGUCUCCGUCGAGAAGAGACGACUAUGAGCCUGACAGAUCUACGCACAGUAGGGAAAGGGACACCAGAUCCUAUGAAGACUCAAGUGACAGGCAUGUACUUGAUUGGGAUGAAUCAGAGGAUGUACCAGCACCGCCACCUCCACCACGUAUCACUAAAAUAUCUAUCGGGUUCAACAAGCCCAAAGGUCCCAUCAAGAUGAACAUUGGUGGGCCGGCAAAGCCAGUGGCCAAGCCUACCGUAGCAUCAGUGUUCAAUGAUGAUGAUGACGAGCCAGAAGAGAUGCCGGCAGAGGCUCGUAUGAGGAUGAGGAAUAUUGGAAGAGAAACACCAACAUCUGCGGGACCAAACUCCUUUGGAAAGACAAAGCAAGGCUUCUGUGAUGCUAAGAAAGUAUUUGAGAAAAAUUUAAAGCAAGCUCUUGAACAGGCAGAUAAUAAACCUGCAAUACCUAAACUACCACAAACUAUCUACAAAAUUAAAGGUCCAUGAUGUACAAAAUACAUAGGAUAUAAUAUAUUCAAGCUACUUAGGACAGCCAUAUUGUUCAGCCAUAGACUAUUACUAUCUCACCUUAUUGAUUGCUGAAUCCCAGAAGAGAAUGUUUGAAUACUUACUAUAAAUUUGCAACAAUUGACCAAAAUAGUGUUUAACAACCGAAGUAAGUCUGCCACAGAUUUUAGUCUGAGAAAUUCAUGGUUUGAACAAACAUUCGAGUCUAUGAUCAUCAAUAAGGUUUUUGUCAAGAUAUUUGAAAAAUAAGAAUGUAAGGAGAGUUAUUGCAUGCUCACUCUAUUUGAUAUUAUAUAUAUAUCAUUUCAUGUUUUAAUAUGGCUACAAAAUGGCUGUCCAAAGUGGAUGUUUAAAGUGCUCUGAAAUUAGCAUUAAAAUGUAGUUUUUGCCUAGUUUCUGUAGUAUAAUCUUGUAAUAACUAAUUUAGCUUGUUUUUACAAACUUGCCUACGUGAUUGAAUUAGCAAUUUGUACCUCGGAAUUGAUUGGGAAUAUGAUAGUAUUAAUAUAGCUUUCAUUACACCUGUGAGGGGUGCCAUUUUAUACACUUGUUAAGAAUUAACUAGCUUAUGAUGUCAAGUAUACAAAUAUUGUUUAGUAGAAUUCUAUUAAGACAUCAGACCACUAACUAUAUGUAGAAAGCACAUUAUACUCUUGCUGUUUUUUCGUAAUAUCUAGUUAUUUGUUAUAAUUCAAUUUUAAACUUUCACUAACACCUGAAGCAACUUAAAACCACCAAAAAUUUUAUGAAACUACUUGGAUUUUAAAAUUAAACCAAAUAAAUGAAAUACCACACUAAACAGUAAUUUUGUCUAUGAAAUCAACAAUUGUUAUGAAUGUUAUUUUUGACAGGUGUUGCUCAAAAGACAUAAUUAUCAGCUUUGUCCUAAUAGCUGUUAUUUAAAUAUUUGCAGUAUAAUUACGUAUCUUGUUGAAAAUGCAAUUUUCAUUCAAUAAUGUUUAUCAUAUAUAUCUAGAAAAAUAAAGGGAUAUGCUGUA